GAAAGCAGUUCCUGAUAGAGACUGCCGCUCCGAUUCUACACUGGCAGAGAACGAGAGAGAGAGCGAGCGAGGGAGAGGGGAGAGCGAGCGAGAGAGAGACAGAGGGAGAGAGAGGGAGAGAGAGAGAGAGCUUUCUCCCCGUGCGCCGGGUCCACAUUUGCACGAUGGCAUCAGAUCCAGGGCUGCUGCCCCUCUUAGUGUGGACUAUAUCAAUGCAGGUUCUGAGCUCCAGAGGAACGUCUAAUAACGAAGUGAAUCUCCUGGACACAACCAAAACGUCAGGAGACUGGGGCUGGCUCACAUAUCCUUCACACGGGUGGGAUGCGAUCAAUGAAAUGGACGAGUAUUUCAGCCCCAUCCACACGUACCAGGUGUGUAAUGUCAUGAGCCCGAGUCAAAACAACUGGCUCAGGACCAACUGGAUCCAGCGGGACGGCGCGCGGCGGAUCUACAUCGAGAUCAAGUUCACGCUGCGAGACUGCAACAGCAUGCCAGGCGUGCUCGGCACCUGCAAAGAGACCUUUAACCUCUACUACUACGAGACCGACCGAGACGUCGGCACCACCAUCUGGGAGAGUCAGUUCUCCAAGAUCGACACCAUCGCGGCGGACGAGAGUUUCACCAACGUGGACCUGGGCGUCAGGAGACUCAAGCUGAACACUGAGAUCCGCGGCGUCGGGCCGCUCAGCAAACGCGGCUUCUACUUGGCUUUCCAGGAUAUAGGAGCCUGCAUCGCUAUCGUGUCCGUACGAGUCUAUUACAAGCGCUGCACGGGAAUGGCUCGCAACCUGGCCGUCUUCACGGACGUGGUCACGGGGGCCGACUCGUCCUCGCUGGUGGAGGUCAGAGGUCAGUGUGUGGACCACGCGGAGGAGAGGGACACUCCUAAGAUGUACUGCAGCGCUGAGGGAGAGUGGCUCGUUCCGAUCGGACGAUGUGUGUGCAGCGCCGGCUUCGAGGAGCACAGAGACAACUGCAUUGCAUGUGAGGUGGGUUUCUACAAGCCUGUGGCAGGAGAUCAGCUCUGUGGGAAAUGUCCACUCCACAGUCACUCUGAGACACGAGCAGCUCUAACCUGCCCAUGUGAUGCCAACUUCUAUCGUUCCUCUACAGAUCCAUCUGCUUCUCCCUGCACAAGACCUCCGUCAGCUCCGGUAAAUAUCAUCUCAUCUGUGAACGGCACCUCGGUCAGUCUGGAGUGGGUUCCACCUCUGGACACGGGAGGCCGCAGUGAUGUCAUCUAUGACGUCCUUUGCCAGAAGUGUGACAAAGACGGGGCGCAGUGUGAGGACUGUCGGGUGGGUACCGGAGGGGGUAACGGGGUGGGAAAUGCCAAUGGGGGAGCUGCAGACACCAACGGAGCCGUUACCGGGACAGUUGGAGGAGGAGGAAUCAUGAAUGGGGUGGUCGUGUCCCGGACAGGAGCGUCCCUGGUGCGCUUUAUCCCUCAGCAGACAGGACUUACAGAACCAUGGGUGACGGUGCUGAAUCUCGCCGCUCAUAGUAACUACACUUUUCGUAUUGUCGCUCUAAAUGGAGUCACGCACCUGAGCAACGAGCUGCCACAGUCUGUGACGGUCAAUAUCACCACAAACCAGGCAGCUCCGUCUCAAGUGAUGGCCAUCCGACAAGAAAACGCCAGUCAAAACAGCGUCACUCUUUUCUGGCACGAACCAGCGCAACCCAACGGAGUCAUAUUAGAAUAUGACAUUAAAUAUUACGAAAAGGACAACGAGCAGCAAAGUUAUGCUACUCUGAAGUCAAAGAACACUAGCGCUAAAGUGUCAGGUCUGAAGCCCGGCACAAGCUACAUCUUCCAGAUUCGGGCCAGAACCUCGGCGGGCUGUGGGAGAUUCAGCCAGUCUGUGGAGAUACAGACCGGCAAAGCAACUCCCCUGCGAAAUACCAACAUGACGAUUAUCUGGAUCUGCAUGGCUUCGGUAACGGGACUGGUGACAUUUCUGGCCGUUGUCAUCUGCAGAAAACGACGUUGUGGGUACAGCAAAGCUUUCCAGGACUCAGACGAGGAGAAAAUGCACUACCAAAAUGGCCACGUAUCAUUUCCAGAAGCCAGAUUUUAUAUUGAUCCGCACACAUAUGAGGACCCCUGCCAGGCUGUCCACGAAUUUGCCAGAGAAAUUGAAGCGUCCAGGAUCAAAAUAGAGAAAAUCAUCGGUUCAGGAGAGUUUGGGGAAGUGUGUUAUGGCCGGAUGAAGCUCCCUGGGAAACGUGAUAUCCCAGUCGCUCUGAAGACUCUUAAAGCCGGCUACACCGAGAAACAGAGGAGAGAUUUCCUGGGAGAAGCCAGCAUCAUGGCACAGUUCGACCACCCCAACGUCAUCCACCUGGAGGGAGUUGUUACCCGCAGUAAGCACUUUACAAGACUAUCAGUGAAGUGCACUUAUUAUACAUAUUCUGCAUGAUUAUAUUCUACAUUCCUAAAGAAACAUGACGGACACUUCACCGUGAUCCAGCUGGUUGGUAUGCUGCGUGGCAUCGCUUCAGGUAUGAUGUACCUGUCUGACAUCGGCUAUGUCCACCGGGACCUGGCAGCUCGAAAUAUUCUAGUGGAUGACAACCUGGUGUGUAAGGUGUCGGACUUCGGUCUGUCCAGGGUGCUGGAGGACGACCCGGAGGCGGCUUACACCACCACAGGGGGUAAAAUCCCCAUCCGUUGGACAGCUCCUGAAGCUAUUGCCUACAGAAAGUUCUCCUCGGCCAGCGAUGCUUGGAGCUACGGUAUUGUCAUGUGGGAAGUCAUGUCAUAUGGAGAAAGGCCCUACUGGGAGAUGUCCAACCAAGACGUAAUCCUGUCUAUAGAGGAGGGCUACAGGCUCCCUGCGCCCAUGGGUUGCCCCGUGGCCCUGCACCAGCUCAUGCUUCUCUGCUGGCAGAAGGAACGCAGUCGGCGGCCACGGUUUAAUGAUGUUGUCAGCUUCCUAGACAAGCUGAUCCGCAAUCCCAGCAGCUUGCUCACACUGGUGGAAGAUGUAAAUAGCUUCCCAGAAUCCCCUGAGGAUAUGCCAGACUACCCUCUCUUCAUAUCUAUCGGCGAUUGGUUGGAUUCCAUCAAAAUGAGUCAGUACAAGACCAACUUCAUAGCAGCGGGAUACACAACCCUGGAUUCCAUAUCCACCAUGAGUAUUGAUGACGUGAGAAGAAUCGGAGUGUCUCUGAUUGGCCACCAGAGGAGGAUAGUGAGCAGCAUACAGGCACUACGACUGCAGUUCCUCCACAUUCAACAGAGUGGCUUCCAUGAAAAUUGGACCAUUUACCCGGAGGAACCGCAGUAAACACGGGAACAAAGCAGCGUUCUUGUUGUUACGAAGAUGUCAUCUGUCAAUCAUCCUGCAAGUCGUUGUGAUUGACCGGACUCCAAACCCGAGAACUCUGAAUAGCAUAUUUGCUAUUUUAAUGUAUUAAAUUAUGUGUCUUAAGAGAUUUUCCUGGUUUAUUCAUCGAGCCUCUAAAACGAGAGACUAUGGAUCUGUUGAAUGUCUUCAGCUUUAAAUGGCUAUUAUACAUUGUUUAUCACAUCUGAUAUUUAUCCUGAUAUUUAUAUGUACGUGUGACUUUGUUUCUUUUUUCGGUUGCCUUUCGUUUCGUUCCUUUUCUAAGCAAUAUGUGCAGUCUUUAGAAAA